AUGUCUAAGCUACCACCUGUUGAGAAACUUCCGCUUUCCCUACGCAAGAAUGUUCGCGAUGAGUGGGACAACAAGAAAUAUACGCCUACGCUACGGAGGGCUACGCGAAAGAAUCGCUCGGUAAUUGCAUUACAGGAUAAUGCGGGGGAACACGGUUUAAAGGAGCUAAACACCAUCUGCUAUUCUCACGUCUUAACCAUCGACUUAGAUGAUGCCAACCGCUUUCUAUAUUGCGGCGCAGAUGUCCACGAGGGCAAGCUACGCAUCUUGUUCGCGCCAGGAAAGCUGGGUACCAACAUUGACUCUGCACUCGAUCACGAAGUCCUUGCCAAGGCACUGAACGACGCUCCGACCCCUGCAUCGGAUAACGCGCCGGCGCUAAGCUUCGCAGCACGGUCUAGUAUCAGCAGGGACUAUGGGCCCAAGGCCGAACAGAUCAGGGCCCAGAUCGCGGAGAUUUUGACGAAACCUGAUAUCAAGCUAAGCCCCAAUUUCGAAGACACGUUCGCGACGCUUCAGAAAGCAGGUGAAGCGGGCGAGCCUGACUUCCGGUCGGACUGGGAGGGGCUAUUGGGUGAAUUCACAAGGCUUUACUGGGAGGGCCUGGUCAACCAACUCAAGUCCCAGAAGUUCGAUGAGGACGAACUGCUACGUGAGGGGUUCCACGAGGCGGUCGAGAAAGGCGAGAUUGCAUUCCGUAUCGUAGAUGCGCUCAAGUAUAGCUCGUAUUGCGAAUGCGAAGUCGAAGAUGGUGUCUUAUAUCUUCAGUGCACGACCAAAACCUGGGGCGCCAACAUCGACGAUGCUGCCCGGGGACUCUUUGAUUGGUUGUGAAAUAAACGCGGCUCAGGGGUAGCAACAUCUAAUAGGGGAGGGAUAGCAAAGAAUUGAGUUAUCAUAUCAUACCUAUUAUGACAAUAUUCCGCGAGAUGCUAUAACACGUGUCACACAAAUUUUACAAGAGGCGUGCAUAGUUUGGAGUCUAACUAUCUACCUUUAGCGAAUAUCAUUCUUAUGACUGGACUAUUUGUAAUAAGUUAACUCCAUCCAGUAUACCGAUACGCAAGGGCUUAGUCGGAGAUAGUGUUUGGUUCAAUGUAACGCUCCCAAAC